AUGACCCAGUUGUGCUGCUCCCCUUGCUGCCAGCCUACGUGCUGCUGCAGGACCACCUGCUGCCGGACCACCUGCUGCCAGCCCACAUGCUGUGGGUCUAGCGGCUGUGGGUCCAGCUGCUGCCAGCCUUGCUGCCGCCCAACUUGCUGUGAGACCACGUGCUGCAGGACCACCUGCUGCCAGCCCAGCUCCUGUGGGUCUAGCUGCUGCCAGCCCAGCUGCUGCGGGUCUAGUGGCUGUGGACAAAACUGCUGUGGGUCUAGUGGCUGUGGGUCCAGCUGCUGCCAGCCCUGCUGUUGUGGGUCCAGUGGCUAUGGACAAAACUGCUGUGGGUCCAGCUGCUGCCAGCCUUGCUGCCGCCCAACGUGCUGUCACACCACCUGCUGCAGGACCACCUGCUGCCAGCCCAGCUGCUGUGGGUCCAGCGGCUGUGGACAAAACUGCUGUGGGUCUAGUGGCUGUGGGUCCAGCUGCUGCCAGCCCUGCUGCUGCCCAACUUGCUGUCACACCACCUGCUGCAGAACCACCUGCUGUAAGCCCAGCUGCUGUGGGUCCAGUUGCUGCCAGCCCUUCUGCUGUGGGUCUAGCUGCUGCCAUCCUUCCUGCUGCUGA